GUGGAACGCGCGCUUUUUCAUCCUCUCCUCCAGAUUUCCUUGAUCCUCGUGCCGCCGCGAUCAUCCUACACCUGUGCGUGUUUGUUGACACCUCCCCCAGUGAAGAAGUUAUCACCCAGAGAAAAAUUCGAAUUGAGAAAGACGUUGUUUCAAGUGCGGGAAAGUUACUUUGUGGUGUCGAGGAGGAGUAUGCUAGUUCGAUUUCCUCUUUGAUGGAUAAUACGACUGUCGCAGAGGAGGGCCAGGUUAAAAAUAAGAUAGUCACGGUGAAGAAGGAGCGCGCAGAUGAGGAGAUAAAGGAAUUUGCAGAGACUGCGAUGAACGAGCUUCUGGGGUGGUAUGGUUAUGGUCCGAACCAUAGCAAAGAUAUCAUGCAACAAAGGACCACUAAUUCCUGCAAAUCGAGAUCAAACAGCAACAGCUCAGGACCUGAUUCACCAAAAUUCACGGAAGGAUGCGGCUGGUGCGGAAAAGUAGUUGACGAUAGCAACGGAUUAUCUUCAGGCUCAUCUACCUUCUGUUCUGAACUGUGCUUUUCGCAAUCCCGACGUGCGAACUUUAAGAAAAACAAAACUUGCGACUGGUGUCGACAUGUGCGGCACACCGUUUCUUACGUCGAUUUUCAGGACGGAGCAUCACAGUUGCAAUUUUGUUCUGAUAAAUGUCUAAACCAAUACAAAAUGCAUAUUUUUUGCCGGGAAACGCGAGCGCACUUGGAAAUGCACCCCCAUCUGAUAGGGGAGGAUUCUACGACAGCUGGGCUGAUAACGCCCGACCUCUGGUUAAAGAACUGCAAAUCACCACCAUUGUCGUUACCUACAACGACGACGACAACCUUGGGAGCGCCUACAUCACGAACGCCAUCUCCCGUCUGUCGCGAGGAACAGACGUCACCGCUACCACUGAUCACAGUAGCACACCCCUCAAAGUUGCUCGCUUCUCCGCCAGAUCGCAUAAGGAGUCCGAGGGUGAAGCGAACGCGGAAACGGCAACCCUCAACCGCGACAAAGGUGUCUGAGUCGCCGCAGGAUCUGCGGAUAAGGCACUCACCGAUCCCAGAUCCGCCCCAUGUAUACCCACCUCAUCAACCUCAUCAACCACAGCAACCACCUUCUACUCCUCAUCCUGCGGCUCCCGACCAUCACUACUACCACCACCAGCUACCAUCAUUUCCCCCACAUCCGAUGCUGAUGCGACCUACCAACUCGGUGCUUCCUCCCGUAACUGUAAUGGUGCCCUACCCGGUCGCUGUGCCUAUCCCCAUCCCCAUUCCAAUCCCGUUGCCGCUGAGUAGUUUCCUGAAAGCGGCCGAAAUCAAGAAUAACCUCUUGAAAGAAGCGGCGGCCGUAGCAGCGGCAACUGCAGCUAGUCAAAAUACGGAAGAGUCUAGUCAGAAUACCACGGCGCCGGUUGAGGACGAGCCUGAGGUAGAGCAGGAGGUCGAAGAUACCAAGGAGGACGAGAUUGUAGUUGACGACGUGAAGACGAGUCCCACGAGAUCUGUGAGGAAGCGAAAACGAGUCGUCGAGGCAAAAGCCAAAAUAGUCUUAAAAUCGAAGAAACCCCUAAGCGUCUAACCCUUUAUAACCUCCCCACACAUGUUUUUUUUUGUUUUCUAUUUCUAUUGUAAUUACUACAAAUAUAUACAC